AUGCAGGAUGUCCCGGAAAUCACGGACAAGUGGCGAGAGCAAUAUGGCCCAACGUUCAUGGCCAAAGGUAUAUUUGGCGAGGACGAUCUCUACAUCACGGAUCUGAAAGCCGUAUCGCACAUCUUCUCCCACGGCGCCAUCUACGAGAAGACGCAAGCUGUGCAUUCCGCCCUGCGAGAGAUGCUAGGUGACGGGAUUCUCGCGAUCGAACAGAAUCCCCACAAACGUCAGCGCAAAAUUCUGAGCCCUGCCUUUGGUCCCAAGCAGCUCCGCUUGAUGAAUGAAGUAUUUGUGGAGAAAGGGAAUCUGAUGCGCGACAUGCUGACGAAAGAGGUCGCCGCUCAAGACCAGGUCUUGAAUGUCGAUAUCUCAGACUGGUUUCGUCAGGUCACGCUGGACAUCAUUGGAGAGGCUGGAUUUGGAUAUCAGUUCAACUCCUUGAAGUCGGGCGGCAAAGACGAAGCGGAGUUGAGCACAGUCUUCUCUCGGUUGUUCAACGACCCAAACUUCAACUUCAAUUCGGCCUUCCGGGCCGCACAGGCUGCGAUCCCGGUGCUACGGCCUCUUCCGCUCCCCGGAUGGACAGUCAUUCGUUAUGUGAACAAGAAGUUAUACGCAAUAGGAAAGGAGCUCCUGGACAAAUCGAAGGCCGAAUGUGUUGCGCUUGGGUCCAAGGACUUGGGGUCAGGUCGCGAUCUGUUGUCCAUUCUUGUCAAGGCAAACAUGUCCAGUGAUGUUCCCGCCAGCCAGCGCAUGAGCGACAACGAGGUCAUUGCCCUAAUCCCUACGUUUUUCCUGGCUGGGCACGAAACGAGCAGUAUUGCUCUCGCUUGGGCGGCGCACGCCUUGUCACACGACCAGACUGUUCAGGACAAGCUGCGUCAAGAGUUGCUCUCCCUUCCGACGGACACUCCAACCAUGGACAAACUUGAGUCACUCCCGUUGAAAUGCUGA